AUGGCCACUAUUGGAGAAGACCAUCCCACGCGCAAGACUCGCGAUCUUCCCAGUGCCCCAGAGCCAGGGACGCCACCGCCGCCUGCCCUAGAGCCAGGGACCCCGCCGCCGCCUACCCCAGCCCGCCGCCGCCUACCCCAGCCCGCCGCCGCCUACCCCAGCCCGCCGCCGCCUACCCCAGCCCGCCGCCGCCUACCCCAGCCCGCCGCCGCCUACCCCAGCCCGCCGGACCACCGAACCCGCUCACGACUACGACUCCUCAGGUCAACUUGGACACCGCCGGAAACGGAAAUUCACAGUGGCGCCGACUCGGCGGAGGGAAACAAGAAGACAGAAAAAAGAGACCGGCGCCUGGAGGACGUUCAGGGGAAAGCUGGAAGGAAGACUCCCCAACAGCUGAGUGCCGGCGCCGGCGCCGUCUGCGCAGGAUUUGGUAACGUGGGCCUACACUCUAUGAGAUAUUUACAUCGUUUUGGUGCUAAAUGUAUUGCUGUUGGUGAGUCUGAUGGGAGUAUAUGGAAUCCAGAUGGUAUUGACCCAAAGGAACUGGAAGACUUCAAAUUGCAACAUGGGUCCAUUCUGGGCUUCCCCAAGGCAAAGCCCUAUGAAGGAAGCAUCUUGGAGGCCGACUGUGACAUACUGAUCCCAGCUGCCAGUGAGAAGCAGUUGACCAAAUCCAACGCGCCCAGAGUCAAAGCCAAGAUCAUUGCUGAAGGUGCCAAUGGGCCAACAACUCCAGAAGCGGACAAGAUCUUCCUGGAGAGAAACAUUAUGGUUAUUCCAGAUCUCUACCUGAAUGCUGGAGGAGUGACAGUAUCUUACUUUGAGUGGCUGAAGAAUCUAAAUCAUGUCAGCUAUGGCCAUUUGACCUUCAAAUAUGAAAGGGAUUCUAACUACCACUUGCUCAUGUCUGUUCAAGAGAGUUUAGAAAGAAAAUUUGGAAAGCAUCGUGGAACUGUUCCCAUUGUACCCACAGCAGAGUUCCAAGACAGGAUAUCGGUGAGUGUGCUCACCCCACAGUUGUACUUUACACAUGCUCUCUGCUCUUUUGUUCAGACAGAGCUGGUUAGAUGGAUUUCAUUUAUGGCAUAGUCUUUGUAAUUAGCU